CAGUUAGAGUGUCCGAUGGGAUGUCCUGCAUGUGUAUUCCGGACGGAUGAUGGGCCUCAGAUCCAACGAACCAAGAUGGGAACAGCUAACUAUGCGCCAGGUGUGAGCGCAGCCCAGCGGCAGGACCAGGAAGAUCCGUGCAAGGUGAAGUCCAAAGUCGUCGGGGAUGUGACGUACUGCGAUCGGUACUGGGAGUGUGUCAACAAUCAACCGGAACUGUACGAUUGUCCCAAUGGGUUGGUUUUUGCAGGCAAGCAUCGAGGCGUUACCGAAGGAUGUGAUUACCCUUGGCGGUCGGAUUAUUGCGAUGGAAAACAGCUAGCAAAUGGACCAAUUUCGACCGAACACUGUGACUGGCUGUAUGGCAUCUUCGGACACGAGACGUCCUGCACCCGUUACUGGACCUGCUGGAACGGAACGGCAACCGAGCAGCUAUGCAUCGGAGGGCUGCUGUACAACGAGAACGCCCACAGCUGCGACUGGCCGGAAAAUGUUGACGGAUGCCAGAAACAUCCACUGUGCAAUGACGAUGCUAAUGGAAAUGUUCCGCUAGGAAAGUCCUGCAACCGAUACUGGCAAUGUCAGGGAGGAUAUCCACGGCUGCAGCGAUGCCCCGCCAUGUUGGUGUUCGAUCGGCGAAGCCUGCGAUGCGUGGUGCCACCGACGGAGGAUUGCGAAGUUCCAACGACCCCGCUGCCAUUAGAGGGAGAUUUCUUGGACCAGGGAAAGGGUAAUGCCAUUUCGAAUCUGUCGCCCGGUGCCAUCCAGGGCAAGUCCAGUGGAGGUCGGAACAAAAACUAGAGAGCCACGUGUUAAAAAUGACUGUUGCUGGUUGGGUUGUCACCCGCACAUACAUCCGUACACAGACAUCCACAUUCGCACACAAACACACUUGUUAGCAAAUAGCCCAACUAUUCUUCAUCACCAUCUGGGCGGGGGAAGAAAACCGGAACUAACGAACUAGCACCGAGAAGGAAGAGAAGAGAAGAGGGUGUGCUACACCCUCUUCUUAAACGCGCCCUGACCCAUCAGCAAAAGCAGAAGCCGAGGCAAGAGGUCUGGAAUGGCAGCAGCCGCAACAGUAUCACAUUCUCCAUCCCUGGUGUAAAGCGAAGAAUUUCUACGACUUUAAUGUUAUAAAUCACACACUCCCGUCUGCUACGGUGUAGUAACAGCAGCACAGCAUCCAUUUACAUACACAUUCUCCCUUUCAUACAUUUGAGAUACAAAAAAAAAUUAAAAAAGAACAAGCAUACAUCAAAUAGCACGGAAACGAACUUCAUAAGUUUUGUAUAUAAAUAAUAUCAUCAAAUGCAAACAAUGUCACUUUUCCCUACUUUUAUAUUAUUGUUCAUUCGUUUUAUUACGUGUUAGUAUUUAAAGCAAGCGAGACGCAGCUGAUGUUGAGAUUGAGAAGAGUUGAAAAAAUAAAAACAGACGUACAGUUAGAAUAAUAAAUAACGUUA